AUGAGCACUGCCCCCACCCACAGCCAGAAACGACUUGCAGAAUCGCAGGUCUGCUUUUGCAACUUGAGGAAUCUCCGAGAAGAAAAUGGCGCUUCCCAAGUGCAAGAAUCCAUCAACAAUUUAUGCACCUUGGCAGAGACUAAACUGGCUGGAGUCCUGCGGGCCAUUUGCAAAUAUCGCCAUAGCAUCCAUAAGAUCUCUCCAAAACACCGGUUGCGUAUCAACCAAAUCCUGCAGGCUGUGAUCAGAUCUGCCACUCACAUAGACCACAAAUUAGCCAAAGUGAUCAUCAAGCUGUCUGCUGAAGAUAUGCUAAGAACCACAGAUCUUCAGGACUUGUAUCAGGACGCAGCGGGUGACAUCCUGGUGGCCCUCUGGAACCAUUUCCCAGCUGAAGUCCUCACCAAGCUCCUGGAGGGUUUCCAAGGAAGGCUGGUUCCGUAUCGCAGCAUCCUGUGCGUGUUGGGGAAACUGGCAAACAAAGCUUUCACAGAGAGCGACGCCUUGAAGAUUGACGUAUGGGAACGAAAGCUGGUGGAGUUUGCGGAGCGACUUCUAAUUGACGUCACCGACAAAGCUUGCUUUGAUGAGCUCAAUCAAGAGCUGAGGAAAGUGGACCAGAAAUGCAGCACCCAAAACCCGGAAAGGAUCUUCUUGUAUCAGUACUGCGGAGCCAUCCUGCGUGCCUCAGAUGACCCUCAGCUAAUCCAGGUCCAACUCUUUACCCUCUUGGCCAUGUGCCAGCGAGGAGCCCUGGAGGCAAAGGGCAUUGCUGCUGCUUGCGGCCUGGCUGCCUCUCGCCACAUGGAUGAAGUUUUUAAGGCACUGGACAGUUUUGGCAAAACUCUUUCCACCGCAGAGGUCCCCGUGUCUAAAACCACCCAGCUCUGCCAACGGAACACGCUCCUGCUCUGCUACGGCCGAGUGGCUCUGGGGAUCAAGGAGGAAGUCCUGCCACGAGUGGAGCUCAUCGUCGCCAAGAUGAUCGAAUACUUCCUUAUCGACCCCUCGGACUUGACUCUGAAGAAGAACUUUCUGAUAGCUGUGCUCAUGCUCCUUGAAGCCAUCACAGCCACGGGCAAAGCCGGAGCAAUACGGCUGCACCCAAAAGCACAGCUGGUGGAGUGCCUAAUAGUGCUGAUAGAAAGGGAACCCGUCCAUGUUCUGGGCAGCACAGUGCGUCAAGAUGCCAUGUAUAUCGCUAAAGAACUCAGCCACCUGAAGCCUCUCCUUGAGCCACAGAAGAAAUCCAGCCUCCUUCAUGCUUCUUUCAAAAGUGUCUUUUGCCUGGCCCCAAUGGAGGUCCUGGAAGGACAGUCUUGCAAGAACGAGAGGACGACGGACAUAAAGGCCAGCUACCAGCAGACGGUCGACUGCUUCGAGGAGAUGCUGCAGGCUCUGCUCUUGGAGAACCCACAGCCCAGCGAACUCAAGCACAUGAUGGAGCUCAUAGAACCAUGGAUGGUAUCGAAGUUAGAUCAUGUGCGCGAAAGAGCCGUGGAGACAGCAAUGAAGCUCUUGAAGUUUGUCGCUGACCGCUUCCACCUCGAUCUCUCUCGGGAAUUUAACAAGUUGGCCCACCUGACAGCCCUCUUGAUUGGUCUGUGCAAUGACCGGGUGGAGGGCAUUAGUUCUUUCGCCGUGCAAGGAGUCAGCUGCCUCUAUGAGAUCUUACUGCACUGUAAAGGUCUGAGGACAAGCAAGCAGAAGAAGCGGAAGUGGCCGAUGAAGAGGAGCGUGAAAUUCCAGGAAGAAGACAGCCUUGCUGGUCAAGCACCAGGUGGCAGUUGGCAAAUAGCAACGCAUUGCGGUGACCAGCUCUUCUCCGUUCAGUUGACCAACCUCCUGCUCUCUGUUCUGGACUAUUUGAGAGGGUCCAGUCCAGAAGUCCUGGUGGCAGCAGAAGAGGUCCUCAGUGCAGUUCUGCAGAACCAUGCCAUGAAGGUGGAAAGGGUCAACGAUGUGGUUGCAGGCAUCUACAUGUGCUUGCAACCUGCCCAUGUUUCCUGCUGGACCCAGAAGGUAGUGCUGAAGGCUCUAACUAUGAUGAUCCCAUGUCGCCUGGAGGAAGUCAUCCAGAGCUGCUUGUCCUAUUCCAUACCCCUCAACAGGCAGGCCAAUCAGCUCUGGACAGCCAUGGCUUCCAGCCCCAAGGUGGCUGUGCAAAUCCUGCACCUCUUACUAAAGAAUCUGCAGAUGAAGGACCUUUCUGGGGACAGAGAAGAAAGCACAACCAUGUCGCUGGCGGCCAUGAACGUCAUCUAUGAGACCUUCCACAUCCCGGGCUAUAGGGCAGCCCUGGGCGAGAUGCACCUUCAACUCUUCAUCCCUCUGCUGAAGCAGGUCCUGUAUGUGAUGCAGCUGGAAUUGCCGGAGGCCUUGAAAACCAGGCAGGACCUCAUUCUGAGGGAAAACCCCACAGCGCUCACCUUCCAGAGCACUUCAGUGGAGAUUGUGAAGAGCCUCUUCUCUGUGGCCGGGGACUGGGCAGUCUAUGCCUGCAUCGAGUUCCAGCAAGGCUGGGUGGUGCUCAGCAACCCUCAGCACUUUUUGCAGGGCACACGUCUGCUGGCACGGGCCAUGACUGAAUGCAACAGUGCCCAGAUCCCGGGAAUCUUUGCAGAGGCUGCUCUCAUUCUCAGCAGUGAGGAGGAUGAGCUGAAGAAGGUGACGGCCUUGGCGCUCGUGAUCGAGUUUCUCAAGAGUCCCUCCGCCAUCAAGAUGAUGAACCGAUUCAGCCUCCGGGAGCAUCUGGAGGAGGGUCUGGCAGCACCCAAUCCCGCCGUGCAAGACCUCUGCCUGAAAGGGCUGAACAGCUUCGUUUUCCAGCAAGGGAAGGUUAAGUCCCUACGAGACCAGCUUCCAACCAUGAUCAACUCUAUUUUCAGUGGAUGUGAAGACGUUCUGGAGGGGCUGAACGACAUAAUGACCACACUCUAUGAAAUGGAUGGCCAGGGAAUUGGGCUCAUCUCUGUUGACCUUGCUCUGAAUGUCCGCUCAUUUUUUGAGGACGAAAGAGCGGAAGUCCGGGCAACUGCCAUCUCCUUGUUCGGGCAGCUGGUGAUGAGGUCCAAGGAAACCGAGAAGGCCCUCCUCAAGAAAGAAGUGGUCUACAGCCUCCUCCCCCUGCUGCUUCAUUUGAAAGACCGGGAGACCACGGUGGCUAUGAGCUGCAAGUUGACUCUCUUGCACUGUGGAGUCUUCCUUGGCUGGGCCCAUCUGAAGCUGAUGUUCCGCAGUCUAGCUUGGGAUGAUCUCCGGAGCUGCUUGGUGAAUGCGUGGAAAUACUUGAUGAGGAACAACCAUGACAAUAUCCACAUUUUCAUAUCUCAGUCCUUGGGAUUCCUCCAUCACCCCCAGACCGAAAUCAGGAACGGUGCCGCACGGUUCAUGGGCUACACGCUCAACUAUUACAGCUCAGAACUAUCUAAAAACCUGGAACAGGAAGACCUCUCCCACUUGAGCAAAGUUUUUCAGAAGAUGGAAUCAAGUUCAGAUACCAGCAUGGUCCAUUUUGCAAAAAACUACCGGGUAGUUUUACAGAAAUUGUCUGUGAAAAGGAGGCUGUCCGGAGCUGGAGAGAAGGACCCGCACACAAGUGACAGCAACAGUCCAGAGAGAUCCCUCCUGGAGUGUGACAGCAGAGCUCCCAGCCCACUGCUACCGCCCCACGACUCCUCCUACCCAGGCCGAUCCAUGCCGGAGAGAGGGAUUCUGAGCCUGACCCCACCCAAGCAAGCCAGACGGACCCUUGCCCAGCGAGGCAAGCAGCACAAUGAAGCCAGCGAGAGAGAGAGGACGCGCUCCAACGAGGCCCCCCCAGGGGUCUUCACUUCCACGUCUGCCGGUACUGGUGGGAGGCAGAGCCCGCGGCAUUGA